CUCUGUUCAACCGGCAGCCUGACCCAAGCUCAAGCGUUGGUCUGGUGUUCUGUUUGACGAAACUAGUGUUAGUGAAUUUUUAACCAAUUUUUUACAAUCCUUGCGCCCCAAGAUGGCUACUCCAGGAAAUCAAAGUAGCCGAUUGUUUGUUGGGGGGUUGAAUAUGUCUGUUCAGCAAAAGGAUGUAGAAGAUUUAUUCUCAAAAUAUGGAAACAUUCUUGAAAUAAGGAUGAACAAAAAUUUUGCAUUUGUUCAGUUUGCAGAAGAAAGUGAAGCUCAAAAUGCAAUCAAGGAUCUACAUAGAGCCCAGCAUUUUGGACGAAGGCUAGAUGUUCAGGUAGCAAGGCAUCCAAAGCAAGGUGGUGGUGGUGGUGGUGGCGGAGGAGGUGGAGGUGGCCCUAAAGAUGAUCCUCCGAGUGGCCGAGAUAGAUCCCCAAUUGGGGGAGGGAGGGGAGGCAGAGAUAGUACUGGAGGAGGAAGAGGGGGUAUGGGAGGACGUGGUGGUUAUAGGGGAGGAGGUGAUAGAGGAGGUAACAUGUACAACAAUGAGCGAGGUGGUGGUGGACGAGGAGGUUAUGAUGGAGAACCAGGAUUUGGUGGGAGACCUUCAGGAGAUUUCAGAGGCGACCGUGGAGGCCCUGAGUUUAGAGAUCGUGGAGACUACCAAUCAAGGAACGAACCUCCUUUUAGGUCUUCGGAACCAUCUUAUGGACCAUCUGGUGCCAGAGAUUUCUCUCUUGCCACACCUACUGGUUUUAGAGAAAGUUCUGGUAAUGGUAAAUUCGGUUGGGGUGGUGGUGGAGGCGGCGGUGGCGGUGGUGGUGGUGGAGGCGGCGGAGGCUUGAAUGAAAAAGCCUUUGAACCAAGAAUGAGAGACGGCCCACCUGGGCCAUAUGCGAACGAAAGGCCUCCGACCCACCCAAUUGAACCAGUAUCUGUUUCAAACAAUGAAAGAACAAAUGACAUUGAGAUCAUCGUAGUAGACAAAUCGCUGACAGAGUACGGGGAAGUAAUCGAGAGGAGGAUGUCAUCACUAGGGUUCAGCGUCGAUGUGCUGUUUCCACACGAAGCUGUGCCCCUUGCUCGGGUCCUAGCUAACAUUGCUUCACGUGGCACUCUUUAUGCGGUUGUUAUUACCCAUGUGCACCAGAUAAAUGGCAGCCUUACCCUGCACAUUCUCCACGGCAGGCCUCAAGAGCACAGGAACAUGGCUCUUGAAGAUGCUGUAACUUUGUUACUUAGGAAUUACGAGUCCUACACACGCCAGUGUAGAGAGAAAGGUGGACCUAACAGUCUACCUGAACAGGUGAGACACUUAUUGACCCAAGUUUUAAAUGGACGACAGUUGACUGCAACUCAGUAUGAUAUUCUUGUACAAUUUUUAAUUCAAGAAAAGCUGAAGCUGGAACCUCAAAACCAUCCGGCUGCAGAUAACCAAACAGCAAACGCUCAGCAGGCUGAACUACAAACUCGUAUCUUAAGUAUUCUUAACAAGAGCAAUGUCGGUUCCGGGGCUGCCAAUAUUGAACCACAAUUACAACCUCAACCAGCCAUCCCACCUCAUGGUCCGUUGCUCCAAGACCCGUCUAUCCAGAAGGCCCUGGACAGCCUGAUUCAAGGGGGAGAUCUGCUGAGGAAGAUAGCACCACGGCAACCAGCUCCAUUCGGCAGAUUCUAGAUGCGCACAUAGUUCUUUCAGCACUUGUAGCGACUGAAUACCAGCAUGAUAAAUUAGAUGUUUCUUUUAUUUGUUGUAAUAAUUGAUUUUGGCUGAAAGAACUGGCGGCAGUAAUGUAAUACAUUUUAUCAACUUAGGUUAGUUAAGUGUAUUUGUCUUUAAAAUUUUUAUAUCUGCACAUUGCUUUUAAUAUGAUCUGCAAAUGGAUAUUCUUGUUUAUUCUAUAAAAAAAACAUAUUAUUACUGUUGAUAUUUUUUUUCUUUAAAUGAUAGGUAUAUUAUUUUAUUGUAUUGAACCAGUCUGUAUUUUCUUGAGCGUAUUUAUGUAUUAUAUGAAUUACACCUUGAAUCAAUGUGGAUUUUUUGACAUUGAAUAGAUAAUUUUAUGUUUAUGAUGUAAUUUUUCCCUCUUUUGAAUACAACAAUCAUAAAAAUUCACUGAUAAAAAUUAUAUAUAUAAAUAUAUACAUGAAAUUCAAUAAUAAAAUAAUUAUAAAUAUUUGCACUUUUUUGAGAACCCUUUCUGCAAUAAAUCCAUUAUCUG